AGGCCGCCCGCUCCGGCUCCGGCAGCCACUUCCGCCCGCGCUCCGACCCUCUGUUGGCCGUGCCCUCCCGGUGUGGUCUCCCCCGGUGCGGCCUCUCCCAGUGCGGCCUCCCCCGCCCCUGACCAUGCCCGCGGGCGUGCCCUGGCCCACCUACCUGAAGAUGUUCACCGCCAGCCUCCUGGCCAUGUUCGCGGGGUCCCAAGUGGUGCACAGGUACUACCUGCCCGACCUGACAAUACCUGAAAUCCCACCAAAGCCUGGAGAACUCAAAACGGAGCUCUUGGGACUGAAAGAGAGACAGCACAGACCUCAAACUUCUCAGCAGUAGAAACCUCAACAUACAACUCUGCCAAGAACUCUAUGAAUAAUAAGUCUUAAAUAUAUAUUUUUUAAAUU